GCGCUCGCGACUGCCUACAUUUAAAAUAUUUUGCUCACUUUCAGCACCCAUGGAGAUGGCAGACCUUAAUGAGGCUAAAAUCACUGAUCUCUUUGAUCAGCUUGCAUCAGAAGAAAUUCUCAUUUACGGACCCUAUGAAUCGAUCAAGUGCGAGGCUGACGGGUACCCUCUCGAGUUCAAAGUCUGCAAUCACUUGAACAAGAAGCCGCAUACUGUCGAUGCCAAAUUGGGCGCUAUGUUCGACCAGGCGCGCAAAUGGGGACCAGGUAGCGAUCUGUAUCUGCCAGACGAGCGGCUGGUUCUGGGUCAAAUUAAUGACACACAUGAUUUGGCGCUAAAUUUGUUUUGUGUGGACAGACCUCAGCUACUCAUGGUCACUUCAGAUUCGUAUCAGCGACAGCACGAUCCUCUGGCGCUUGAUGACUUAAAGGCUGCGUUGGAGGUGCUCAGACUGUUCCCUAGUAUGUAUGUGAUAUACAAUUGCAGCCAGGCUGGUGGGUGCAGCAGAAUGCAUAAGCAUUUACAAGGUCUGAGAGGGCCGCCGUACGCCUUUGAAUACAUGAUCCAGGCGAGCGAAGAGAAGCGCCCCGUUGCGUUCCGGUACUUCGUUCACCACUUUGACCAGACAUUACGUGCUGUGUCGGCUUCGGAUUUGCUCGAUGUAUACAUGGUGUUGCUCGAUCGGACGCGAGACGUGCUCGGCGUCGGAUCUGAAGACGUCUGCCCUCACAACAUCGUCCUUUGGGACGACAGAAUUAUCGUCAUUCCACGACGGAGAGGUUUCUAUGAGGGAGCGAGUGCAAAUGCGGGCGGAAUGAUGGGCUGUGUCUGGGUACCAGAUGAGAAGCAAGUAGAUGAGUGGCGGAGGAUUGGCUUUGCAAACGUUUUGCAAGAGAUGGGUGCACCAUCAGAGUGAUGUCAAUACUGUAGAUACAUUCAAGCAUGGUCUGAAAAUUGUUGGGGCAGAAAUAUCCCAGUGGCAAGGGGUUCGCUAUAGACCGAACUCUGUACCUUUUCCUGCGUGCCGAUGGCACCACUCGCAGCAACGAGGGGAGGCGUCGACUCAGAGGAGACGGUCGCGGCUACGAAGCCCAUAGGUGGUAGGCCUGCAUAUUUGAAGGAAGUCGCUGGCAUCGU